AUGCGAUUUUUAAGCCGAAAAUUAAAUUACUGGUCCGUUCGGGGAGUGAAUGGCCCGAAACCGGUGCCUAUUUUUGGUAAUGUAUUGCAACUGUUUGUAAAGCCCCGACCACUCGUCGAAAAGGAAUGGAUUCACAAAUACGGCAAAAUCUAUGGAUAUUACGUGCAAAACAAUCCCAUCCUAACGAUCGCCGAACCGGAACUCAUAAAAUUAGUUUUGGUUAAGAAUUUUCAUUUGUUUGCCGAUCGGCGACACGAAGAGUCGUCGGAUCCCAUAAUUGACAACUCGUUGACAAACUUAUUGGGCGAUGACUGGAAGAGAGUCCGAUCGAUAGUGAGUCCGACCUUCAGUUCGGGUAAAAUGCGGAAAAUGUAUCCAAUGGUCAGACAGUGUUUGACUGAUUUCAUGGACCACUUGGAAGUGAUUGUCGGCGACGGCGAAGCGGUGGAAAUCGAUGUGAAACAAGUUUUUGGCAACUUUACGAUGGAUGUGAUCACAACGUGUGCCUUCGCCACAAAGACUAACUCACAUAAAGAGUUAAAUAAUCCGUUUGUGGUGAACGCCAAACGUAUAUUUAAUAUAAGUGCUCUUCAGUUGAUUUCACUGAUAGUUUUGCCAAACUUUGCGCUCAAAUGGAUUGAGAGCUCACCGAUCAAUACAUUGCAGUUUCUCAUUAAGAAUGUGCGACAAAUUCUGGCCAAACGGCGUCUCAAUAAAGACGGCGAUAAAUACAAUGAUUUCGUUCAACUGAUGGUCGAUCUCCACAAAGACCCGCACAUUAAUGAUAACGCCAUCACUGAUCCAAAUGAUGUCAACGAAGCGCAUCACUUGAAUGAAGGCGCCGAAGAAUUGUUAGUCCAGAAGAAGGCAUUGAAUACAAGCAAUAAAUACAUGUCGGAUACGGAAAUCCUGUCGCAGGCGUUGAUGUUUCUGUUGGCCGGAUAUGAGACCACAGCCACCGCUCUGUCGGCCUCUUCUUACGAGUUGGCGCUCAACCCUUCAGUCCAACAAAAACUGUACGAAGAGAUCACUGCAGCCAUGGAUGGCGACGGAGAGAUCGGUUACGAAGAGUUGGCAAAACUGCCUUUUUUGGACGCAUUUAUGUCCGAAACGCUACGAAUUCAUUCGCCGGCCAUUCGAGUGUCCCGAUUGGCCGCCACUGACUUCAAACUCGGCGACACCGGUAUUACCAUCAAAAAGGAUCAGAUGAUCGAAGUGCCCGUCUAUGCCAUCCAUCACUGCGAAGACUUUUACCCGAAUGCCGAGCAAUUUGAUCCAGAUCGAUUCAUGCCCCACAAUAGGCAUAAAAUAAUUCCCUACACGUACUUACCGUUCGGCGCCGGACCUCGAAGUUGUAUUGGUAUGAGGUUUGCGUUAAUGGAAGCCAAGUUAGGUUUGGCUCAUAUCGUUAGCAAAUACCGAUUCAGCGCCUGUACUCAUACAGACGUACCCCUCAAUUAUAAGAGAGAUCUUAAGAUGACUUUCCCGAAGAGAAUUGUCGUCGCCAUUGAGAAGAGACGCUAA